UUGCCUGUAACUCAAGACAAAUAUGCUGCUUAUCCACCAAGUCGACGGACACCUCCACGCCAUUCAGAAACGCCUGCCGAAGUAAUAGAAUAUGAGAAUGCACUUUUGAGAGAUGGAUUUAAGAAAGAAAUGGUUCAGUAUUGUAGUAAGCCUAUAUUUGUGAAAGACUACAAUUAUGGUUUGCCCCAAGGCUACGACCACAGUGCACCAGAUGACCUACGAUUUGGUGUUGAUUCUGCCAGCAGCUAUAACUCAAGGCGCGAUGUGCCUGAUCAUCUCCCUGUUGGAUAUGAUAUAGAUCAGCCUUACUCUGGAUAUAAUUCAGAUCAGGCUCGCCUUGGCUAUGGCUCGGAUCAGGCUCGCCUUGGCUAUGGCUCGGAUCAGGCUCGCCUUGGCUAUGGCUCGGAUCAGGCUCGCCUUGGCUAUGGCUCGGAUCAGGCUCGCCUUGGCUAUGGCUCGGAUCAGGCUCGCCUUGGCUAUGGUACAUCAAGUAGCUACAGUUGGAAGUAGAAGUUAUACCCUAGUCAGUUGCAGGAUUAAAGAUUUGCUUGUUAAAAUACAAAGUUUAUUAGGCUUUCACUGCUCCCGGACUCAGUUAUCAGCUGAAUUUUCAGAGGUCAUGUAAUGUAUAAAGUAAUUUUAAAGUAUAAAAAGGUAUACAUUUUGUACUGAUCAUAUCCAUUAUCAUUGUGUUCAAGCAUUGGUCGUUCUGUUUUUCUCCUGUAUUUGUAAAUAAGUUGUAAUACUGUUUUGCAGCAAGAUGUUCCAGUUUUAUAUGUAAACAGAUACCCAAACAAUAAAAUUUAGUUACAGAAA